GUGACCUGAAAUUACAUCUUUUGAAGUUUUUUGAUAAAUGAAAUUAACUUGACAUUCAGUAUGGGAAAAUAAUGAUGUUAUUGAUCUAAUUAAAGCAAAGCUAUUUCAUUUUUACACACAAACAAACGCAUAAUCACACACACCUAUAACCUGAUAGAGAGAGAAGAGGACAACAUGCCAUAAACCCAGGGGAAACACUACUGUUUGUUUUCAAUAAUUGUUUUAUGUAUAUCAGCAGUUAGCAAUCUAGGCAACUCAUGACAAUAUAAACUUGACUCACUGAACAAAUCUCUUAUAUCGUAUGUGUAGUAAUAAUUAAAAAUAUUUUCACAGAGCCAUUAUGUCCAAAAGGAGGAGAAGGAUAAAGCCUGUAGAUGAUGCAAAGACAUAUAUUCUGUCUUGCACUGACAAGUCUGGAUUUAUGUCAAGACUCAUAGACAGUUUCAAAGGAAGAGGAGUGUUUGCUACGCAGCCCAUUGAACCAGGGGACUUUGUUUUGGAGUACAGGGGUAAACUCCUCACACAGGAAGAAUGCCGGUCACUACCGUACUCAGAGAUUGACUCCACAUUUCUCUUUGACUUUGAGUGGCAGAACCGUCACUUGUGCCUUGAUGCAUCUGAAGAAGAUGGAUCUCUUGGAAGAUUAGUCAAUGACAACCACAAAAAUCCAAAUUGUGUCAUGAGAAAAAUCAUAGUAAACAACAAGCCGCACUUGUGCCUUUUUGCCCUGAAGAAAAUAGAUAUAGGAUCUGAAAUUGACUACAGCUAUGGUGAUGCAAAAUGGCCUUGGCGCAGUAUGGUGAAGACUCCUGCAGCAACAGAGACAGAGACCAGCCCUCUACCUCAGAUGUUCCACAUGGAAUCAAAGCCAGAUGAGACUAACGCACAGGUAAAAUGACAUUGUAGACGCAUCCAUCACCAAUAUCUGUGGUGACUUGUAUGAAGCUGUUCUACUUUCAAAUGGGCCAAUGUACACAUUGUCAGAUUUCCUUUUUGGGUG